AUGUCAAGUUAUGGAAGAAUAAAUCAACCUGGGGGUCAUCCCGACUUCCCGUGGAAUAACUUUCCAAGGGUGUUGGCUACGAAAGUAUUGGCUCAAUGGAAUGGUAGGCUUGCAUUGCUAAAGGAGCGUAGGGUACAUGUGUCGACAGAAAUCAAUUGGAAUUGGAUUGAGGAAGUGGGUUUAUUGGAGGCCAUUGAACCCUAUCUUAUACAAUCUUAUGAUGGAAUCCAAGGGUGGUUUGUAUGUACAACUUGGAGAACACUCUUUCAUAUCCAAGAUCCGGUAUACAACAAGCUUGUUGUGGAACACUCUUUCGAAAAUCAACCGUUUUCGGCCUGA